CCGCGCAGAUCGUCCUCAGUAGUUGCCCAGACGCUGUCACGGGCGUAGCUGGAUGCUGGAUUGUCUCUCUCUCUCGUGCGCGCGCGUGUCGCAGGGAGGUGCUUCCUUUUCUUCUUCCUCUUCCUCCUAACCUCGUCCUAUUCGUCGCUUGUAUCGGUCGACGAACAACUCCGUGGACGUCACGAUUUUUCGAUGCUGCGGAUAUCGUGCGACUCUGUCACCGGUUCACCAUCUUAACGAGAAGAAGAAAAGGUGCCGGAGAAAAGGGAGGCCGACGAGGUUUCCUGCCGGUCGGUGAGAGAGAGAGAUAGAGGGUGAGAUAGGGGUUAGAUAGGAAGGUAGAGUGAGGCAGUGAAAGGGGAUUCGACAAGGAAAGGCAACCGAGAGAAACAACGAGAGACCGGUAAAAUAGAGAAACAAAGAUGGUGUGAGGGAAAUAGACAAGUAACGAGGGGAAUACGGGAGCAGCGAAAAAAGAUUUCGAAAGGAAAGCUGUCCGGGAGGGGUAGAGAUGUGUUGAAGUGUGUUCUUGUGUAUAUAUAUGGUGCAGUGCGGUGCUGUGCUCGAGAGAGAGAAUGGCGUGGUCGGAUUUCGCGUGUACCUCGCCGUGACGUGGAAAGUCGGCACUGAAAACGUUGGGUGCUAAGCUGAGGAAUGGAGGGAACGUGGCAGUGGGAGCAGCGAAAGCACUGCCAUAUCAUUCUGCUCAACCCUUUGUCGUACGUAAAAGAGAACCCGGAACAGGCUGCAGAUGAACGAAAGCGGCUACAAGGUAGUCUCUGCAAGGAAGAAGACACCCUGAAGAAGAGGAGUCGCGUGCCGGGUCUGUAGCGCUCGGUAAAGAGAAGAAGGGCCCCCCGAGCAUCAUCAGAAAGGAGAAGGGGUCGUCAUGGGCCCGGCACACCAAAUCGUACCCCACUGAGCGAUGCAAGUAGUUAGGGCCGGGGCCCUGCUAGUGAGCAUGUGGCUCACUAGAGAAUGAAGAAGCAAAACGUCCGGACCCUAUCGUUGAUCGUCUUCACGUUCACCUACCUCCUCGUCGGCGCUGCAAUCUUCGACGUUCUCGAGUCCGAGACGGAGAAACGACGCAAGGAAGCAUUGGACGACAUUGAAAAGAUGGUUAUACGCAAGUACAAUAUAAGCGAGGACGACUUCAAGAUCAUGGAAACAGUGGUGCUGAAGACGGAACCUCAUAAAGCUGGUCAGCAGUGGAAAUUCGCCGGAGCGUUUUAUUAUGCGAUCACGGUCCUCACCACUAUCGGUUACGGACAUUCGACGCCGAACACCAUUAGCGGCAAACUGUUCACGAUGUUCUACGCGAUCGUCGGUAUCCCGUUAGGACUCGUAAUGUUCCAAAGCAUAGGAGAGCGUCUGAAUAAAUUCUCAUCCGUCGUAAUACGGAACGUAAAGAAGCUUCUUAACUGUAAGGAUGUCCAGGCCUCAGAAAUAAAUCUUAUCUGCGUGGUGACGACCUUAUCUUGCUUAACGAUUGCGGGAGGUGCCGCGGCGUUCUCUCGGUACGAAGGGUGGUCAUAUUUCGACUCCAUCUACUAUUGUUUCAUCACCCUGACAACCAUUGGCUUCGGCGACAUGGUCGCGCUACAAAAGGAUAAUGCGCUGAACAACAAGCCAGAGUACGUGAUGUUCGCCUUGAUAUUCAUUUUAUUCGGCUUAGCCAUCGUCGCCGCCUCCCUCAAUUUAUUGGUGCUGAGAUUUGUCACAAUGAAUACGGAGGACGAAAGGCGAGACGAGGCCGAGGCUCUACAGGCUGCGCAAGGAGCAGUGCGCCUGGAGGGCGACGUAAUAACGGCGAACGGCUCGAUACUGUCGGGCCAAGUAGGCAACCACGGUGACACGAUAUCGCUGGACGACGAGACGUCGGUCUGCAGCUGCUGCUGCAGCGGUUUCCAGAAGAAACGGCGGAGACCACGGUUCACGGUCCGUCGCUCGCCGGGUAAGAUCUCGCAUCUGCUGCCGAUGCAGCAGCUGCCGUUGAAUAUACGCAGUGACCUACACCCGCCACCGUUGACGCCGUUGUUGCAAUUGCCGCCGUUGCAUCAACAUCGAGCCAGCAUCUGACGACCAUCAACCGCUGUCAGUACGUUAUCUCAACAACAACUGCCGCGACGGGUGUCUGUCUGAGACUCUUUCCCUCGUGCAACAAAAGGGGGCAGAUCAUACGGAGGGGAAUGAGAUAGAGAGAAAGAAAGAGCUUUUACCGGUGACCGCUUCAACGAAUUUAAUCCUAGGAAUCGGUCUCGCCGCCUCGCCGUUUUAAACAUCGCGGGUAACCAUACCAUAAAUAGGCUGAAUUGGGGAAAGUUAAGCUGUUUAGCUAUUGAAUGAAUCGUAUUUUGUGGUAUAUCGAGUUGUUUGAAAGGAUCGUAGAUAAUGGAGAUUGAAAAAAAAAUUGAGAGGCAAUGUAUUUUCAGAGAUAAUACUCUUUCGAUUAGAUUUUCUUUUGCGCAUGGCUCGUUUCUUUCGAUAACUUUUCGUCAUAUAUAGAAUAGUAUAGGAUUCGAGUUAUUCGGUAUGAAUUUCUUUCGAAACUUUACAAGUAUUCAACUUUUCGUCAAUGAAAAAGUUAGAUAGAAACGAGAAUAAAUGAUUGCGAAAUCGUAUUAUGUACAUUGAUAGGAAGAUUAAAAUUUAAUGUUGCAACUAACAUUCAGUAUCGUCUUGUUAUAAAAUGAAACCGUGUUAAUUAAUGAAUUACAGCAUCUUUUUCGAAUCAGGUAUUUGCCUUUGGAGUAUCGAAGUUGAGUAUUGAAAUACUUGGCAGAAGUUUAUGGUGGCUAAUGUGUUCUUCCGAUCCCAUUAAAUGUAAUACAAACUAUGUAUGUAUAUCCAUUAUCGAAAACGCUACGAACUUUCAAAACAACCUAAUAUUUGGAUUGAAAAUGAUAAGUAGGUGAUUGUUAGAUAAUAUUUUUUUAAUUCGAUCGAUGUGAUAUUACGUUUGAUUAAUUUUAAUGUAGGAUAAAAAUGUUGAAAUUGUAUUUUAGAAAAUUAUCUAUCGGUAGGAGGCGAAAAUAAGACAUGUACCUUAGAUUUAAUUUUCUGUCCAAGGUGUUGAGACAAAGAUUUUGAUAAUACUUCUGAUACAAUUCUACAUACGAUACUUCACUAAUGGUAUGGUUAUUGCGAAAUUACCGCAAAGAUGACGAAAUUCUAGUCAAUCAUUUUUCAAUUAAUUGAAACUCCAUUAACGAUAUCGGAACACGUAGCAUAAGAAAAUGAUUAUUAUUAGAAAAAUUGGUGAUUUCGUGAAAGAAUCUGUUUCCUUGAAACUUGAAAUGAAAAUCUCACAAAAAAUAAUUCCGAAAGAUCAGCAAUUGAAUAAAAAUCUAUUUAAAAAAAUCGCAAGCUAAUUGUAUUCCCUCGAGGACGGAAUUCAAGUGCUUCCUAUUAUGUCUAUGCUCUUCCACUAUUUUAACAAUCACGUGUUUUUCUCACAAUCUCGGCAGAGAUAUUUCAUAUACUACAAAAUUCUUAAUAAUACAAAGUUCUUCCAUUGAGUUAUUUCUAUGUAAAAAGAAAGAAGACAGAAUCUCGUCACGGAUGCGAUCAGGCGGUGAAUUGAUUCUCAGAAGCAAGUGUUGUGCAUGUACAAAGAAAAAAAAAAACGGGAUGUGCGAGUGAUUAUGUGUUCCAUAGCCAAGAAUCAUUAACAAACAAACCAAAAAAACGAAAACAAAAAAAAAAGAACAAAAAAACAAAAAAAAUAAGCACGUGAAAGAGGGACAGAAGAGAAGAAAGAAGAAACUAUAUAUAUCUGCGUUCACACUGCUACAAGGAAGAAAGAGAGAAAUAUAUAUUAUGAACAAAAUAUAUACACACCAAAAGACAUAUACACAGAAUAAACACGACUUUUUUCAUUAAGAAGGCAUUUUACAAUUUGUAUAUAAUGAACUAUAGAUAUUACACGUACGAAUCUAGGUGUACGGAAUUAUGGCGUUUCGAUCUUACGAUGUGUAUAAGUACAUACUUGCGAGAUAACAUUAUAUUAUUUAUCAUGUGAGUGCGCGGAUACAUGACAAAAAUCCCAUUCUCGAUUUUCCAUUUAAACUACCGUUUAAUUAAAUGAUCCAGAUCGUUGAAUGAUCGUGGCCGUAAACUACGUAGAACUCUAGCUACUGUAGAUCUCGUCACGCACGGAUGCUCGAUCGGGAGAAAUUAAAUUUAAACCAAAAUAAAUAAAUAACAUAUAUAUACAUACAUACAUACAUACAUACAUACAUACAUAUAUACAUACAUACAUACAUAAUAUGUAUGUAUAUAUAUAUAUAUAUAUACACAUACAUAUUAUCUAACGAAGAUAACCAAUCCAAAAAGCCGUAGAACACGAGAAUUAAAUAUCGUCCCUUGAUCUUUAUUGGUUACAGUUUACCUACGAAAAGUCAAUCCAUCGAGACACGAAGCACGUAUUUCCGAAUAGAUAAACGCGUCAUACUAUAGUCGAACACGAGCGGAACAAUUCUCUUGCCUUUUAUCGACAAGUAGAACGUAUUCGAGUAUUUUUAAGACGUACACACUGGAUUGCACACACACGCGUAGCGUAAGUAGUGAAACUUCGUUUGCCCUCGCUCGGUCUACCGAGUGAAUUUCAAAACGGCCGGCAAAAAGGAACCCAAUGUGACAGGCACUUUUAAAGGACGUUCUUUAUUUUCAUCCGUACACUUCGUUUCAUUCUAUCGUUCCUUUAGUUGUCGUAUCGCGUCACUUUCGUUACGUAUCGAGACGCAAGUUCAUCGUCAACCCUUAGACUCAUACUAGAUUUAUCGCUGCACGAAUAAACGACACGCGAUAUCAUUUCCUUUCUAAGAGAACCACAAACAUACUACGUGGAAAUAGACGUUCCAUGGAACGCUGUAAAAUUUGCAGAAAAAUUACGUUACCUUGCGACAAAAUGGUUGAAAAAAUUAUGCCGUUUCAACUCUCUUCGAUAUUUAUUAUCUCACAUCCAACGGAUAUAUCCUUUCGAAAUCGACGUACUUAAAUCAUACUAACAGUUCAUAAGUUACAACGUGUUUACGAAGCUUAGGGGUUAACGAAAACGAUGAAUCGUAACUGAGGCUGAAAGCGUUAUUGACCACGUAACCGGAAGUACACGCGAUUCAACCAAUCAAUCAUAAUUAUUGAAUGUUUUGUUUAACCACGUACAUCCCAAACUUAUUGACAACAGUUGUGUUUAAGAGAGGUGACGAGAAAAAAUUCGAUGAAUCGAUACACUUGCUGUGUCUUCGCUAACACUCGCUACGACAGAACGAACAAACGAAUUCCAUUUGUAACAUACUAGGGUAGGAACAAACAAUGAUCACGUUGAUUGGAAUAAGAGUUCGCACGAUUCAUUUAAAAGAGCAAACGCGAACAUGUGAGCAUCAUGUGGAAACGAAUCCGGAAAAUCUUAUGGAUGAAAGUCACAUUUCACAUUCUUUCGAUCGAGGAAAAUUUCAUUUUGUACGCUCCUCCCAACCGAACAAAAUGAUUUUUGAUCGUUUACACUAAUUAGCAGUAAAGAGCGAUAGCCUUUUCGGAAUUAUAAAUACAAAUUACUGACCUCUCUCCCUCUGGCCCCGAAUCUAAGGUCAUUCAUCAACUUUCCUUUCAUUCAUUUAUCAUUAAAUUAGAGAUUUAUUACAUUAACGUUUAAAAUGAAAUAUUCCCCAGCGAGAAUAAAGUUUCUAAUAAUCAGAUAUACAUUUUUUUAUUCUCAAAUGGACGUUACAGCGUGUUAAGAUAAUACAAGGAUCAUAUAGACUUUCAUAUAAUAUUAUACUUUAUACUUGUAGCAAGAUUUCAUAAAGAAUAAGUGAGCUUGUAUUAACCCUUUAAAACCUUCGAGUCUGUAGCAAGAUUACGAAUAUUUAUUUCGUCUUUAUCGUUGAUUUUUAGUGUUGUAAAAGACAUGUUUACGAUACAUAAUGGAAACGCUUAUGCAAGAAAAAAAGAAAGGAGAACAUUCGUUUAACGAUAAAUACCGACAGUUUGUCACUAAAUUAAUAAGUAAUAUUGCAUAUCUGUCUGUUUCACGUCUUAACUUGUGGCGAUCAUGACGAGAACAGUUAGAAUGU